AUACAUUAUUACAUAGAUUUCGAAAAUUAGUAAUGUGAAGUGUAGUUAAAGCAAAUUAAUCAAUGAGAAUUUAUACACUAAAAGUUGUCACAGUGGAUGCCAACAGCAAGUAAAAGAUGUGGGACCAAUAUUUAUUUAUAUAAACAAACAUGAAUCGAGCUAUCGUUACUGUUAUCGAUAUAAUCGCCAGCAAGAAGCACGUAAUUUUGAUGAUUUCGUAAAACAAAAAAAACAGUUCAGUUAAUUCAAAACAAAUCAAUGAAUGAAAACGGCAACACAGCUACAGUGAAGAUUGCCAGAGUGGCUGACAACGAAUAAGGCGCCCCAUUGAAAAUGUUCUAUCUGCGACGUCUCUUUACACAAGAGCUGUGUCCCGUCAGCCAAAGUGAUUUGCUCGGCUGCCUGCCACACUCGCCGCACCAGUUGCAGUUGCUAUGUGGUGGUUUUGCGGGUGCACCCGGACUCGACAGUCUCACUUGGUUGCACAAUCUGGCGCCCUGCUUCCCACUCCGUGGUGAACAAAUCCAAGUGAUCCAUGAACCACAGCACUUUUAUCAAACACUGAUGCAACGCAGCAGUCAAGCCAAAAAACGCAUUGUGCUGGCCAGCUUAUAUCUGGGCACAGGGAAACUGGAGCAUAGCUUAGUGCAGACGUUGCGACGUAGCCUGCAAGCAGAAUCAUCACUGCGACUCAAUGUCUUGCUGGAUUUUACGCGUGGCACACGUGGAGUCGCGAAUUCCAAGACAAUGUUGCUUCCACUGCUACGUGAAUUUGGCAAUCAGGUGCAAUUCUCACUCUAUCACACGCCCGAUUUGCGUGGGAUGACCAAAAGAUUGGCACCACCGCGCUGGAAUGAAUUACUUGGUCUACAACACAUGAAAGUGUAUUUGAUUGACGAUGCUGUUAUCAUAUCAGGCGCCAAUUUGUCCAACGAUUAUUUCACUAAUCGACAGGAUCGAUACAUUUUAAUCGAGGACAAACCGUUGGCCGAUUUCUAUGCCCAAUUUAUUGAGCGAGUGCAGGAAUUUAGUUUGGCUGUGAGCGCGGAUUCAACGGAGGGCUUACAUAGCAGUUGGCGCAUUCUUCCCUAUGAGGGUACCAAGGAGCAGUUCAUCAAACUGGCUAAGGAGCGUAUUACCAACUUUGUGCAGGAAGCCUAUCAACGUCAGGUACAGCUGAGGGCAACAGACAACAGCAGCCGCAAAGCUGAUACUUGGAUUUUUCCUUUGCUUGAGAUGGGCCAGUUGGGCAUUCACCAUGACAGUGUGGUAACCAAGCAAUUGCUGUCGAAUUGCAUAGCCGGCUCACGCCUCAAGCUGGCCACGGGUUACUUCAAUUUGACGCAAGAAUACAUGGACACCAUCACACACAAGUGCCUCGCGCAGUGCAGCAUUCUAAUGGCGCAUCCCAAUGCCAAUGGCUUCCAGGGCGCCAAAGGACCUGCGGGUGGCAUUCCUGCCGCCUAUACACUGAUAGCCAAAAGUUUCUAUGAGAGUCUGGUGCGUCGCCAGCAGGAACACCGUGUCAAUUUCUUUGAGUAUGAGCAACCUGGUUGGACAUAUCAUGCCAAAGGGCUGUGGUACUAUUUGCCUGAGACGCCUUUGCCCAGCUUGACGUUAAUCGGUUCCUCUAAUUUUGGCGAACGCUCCGUGAAUCGCGAUCUAGAGACACAAGUCUGUUUGGUCACUGAUAACAAGGAUCUGCGACAACGUCUGCAGGCGGAAGCGGAUCGUCUUUAUGAUAAGUCAACGACGGCAGAGCGGCAGAUUGUGCAGCGACAGGUGCCGCGCUGGGUUCAAGCGGUUGUGCGCAUAUUUCGCAAUUUUUUUUAAUGGUGUUCCUCCUUAAAUGAUGCAUACAAAGUUCAAUUUGUUAGUUAC